CCAUUUAAACAUGUGACAACUAACCCAAAAAUGACUGAGACUUGUUGCCCCAAACUACCAUGUUUGCUAAUUAAAACUCCAGCCUAAAAUUAGUGUAAAACAGAACAAUGACUGAGGUAUGACAGGAUGAUUUUAUCUCUCCUCUAACAAGUCUCUUUUAUCUGGAAAAAGCUUAUUUUAAAAUAUAUUAAGUUGUUUUUUUUUUUUUUUUACUUUGGGUUGUGUGAAAUGGUUAAUUGGCGCUCAUCUCAGCUCACAACGUGCUUUUCUCUUCUCAGACAGGACACGACUCCUGGCCAAAUAAAAGUAGAAAACUAGUAUUACACUUUUUAGUUGCGCCGUCUGGUGGCAAAGAUAAUUGCAAUGUGACAACUUACCCAUGUGACAACAAGCCCCGGUCUCCUCUACUGUUUUCUUCCCUUCAACCUCAGCUGACAGAUCUUGCCAUUGACUUAAAUGAACAUAUUUCCAGCUUCAACGCGGUUUUAAUGAGAAUAUCCUCAAGCAAAACGACUCGACAACUGUUGCGUCUCCCCAGUGGCCACCACAUUUCGCGCUUACAAAUUUGAAUUAUGUCCCAUUGCGGCUUCCGCAGUUGUUGCCGGUUGCUAGCUUCACGCUUGCUAACUAGCUGCUUCGUAUUGUUGCUUUACAUUAAACUGCUUAUGGAUUGGUCUAAGGGGCAGAAUAGUAGGAUUAAAAAAAGUCAAAUCGUUCCUGAGAAGCCAGGUAAGCCUUCUCUGCAUGAGUUUACCGAGCUACUGUUAUCAGUCUGGCUCUAAUUUUGUUUACGUUAGCCUGCACCGUGUUGCUAACUGUGUUUGUCUACUUGGAAGCACAUGUAGCUUCUUAUCUGAACUAAUAAUUAAUACACAAAUUGAGUAUUGAUUACAGCAUGAAUCAGGUUAUAACGCGCAGACAUCGUUUUCUUGGCUUACAUAUGGCUUUGACUGGAGUUUCCUGAUCCGGGAUGGAAAAAGAGCUUUCACCAUGGGAACAGGUCAUUUUUCAACAUAAAUGUGGAUGUCAAAAUAAAACCUUUCGUUCUUAAAUUUCAGAUAAGUUAGGUUUUAUUGUCUCAGCUGGAAAUUUGUCUUGGACUUCACAGUGCUCUAAUAUAACAUCAAAACAUACUACAAUGCAUUCAAACAUCAGAAAAUACUUCUACUGACAUCACUGUAAAAAUAUGUGAAAUAAAAAUAACAGAUUUAUGAGUGUAGAUCAGUGGUUUUCAACUGGUGGGUCCCGACCCAAAAGUGGGCCGCGAACACAUUCUGGAUGGGUCACGAACAGCUGGUCAAAAAAGUAAAUAUUUAAUGUGAUAUUUAUUCGAUAUUUGAUAUUUUUUGUGUGCAACUUCGGUAGUUGUCGUCCUCAUGUUGUCCCCUUAAUGUGCUCUGAAAUGCGUUUUACUCAAUAUAACUAGUGGAUUUAUGUUAAAGAUUAGAGUCUUUAAUGUUUUCUUUUUAAUUAUUAAAAAGAUGAAUGUGCUUGGUUUGAAUUCUAUAAAAGUGGGUCACAACUUACGGAUCAUGGGAAAAUGUGGGUCCCAAAGUGACAGCAGUUGAGAACCACUGAUGUACACUACAGGCCAAAACUUAACUCCCAACUCAAACAGUUGCGAGUAACUUUAAGUUUUUGUUCACAAUGCUUUUUUUUAAAUUCAGCAUGAGUUUUAUGUAUUUUGGGAUGUAUUUACUCCAUGAUCAGAAGUUGCUUUCAUGGAAAUGCAUCAAUUUACUCCAUUUACCUUUAGACGUUGAUGUUAACAGACCAUUACUAAAUAUGUCAGCAAAAGAUAAUAAGGGCUUAGUUUUAGGGUUGAAAACAUUUGUUGAAAACAAGAGUCACAACUUCAGUGCAAAAGCAAAAAAAAAUAAAUCACAGUUGGAUUAUUCACUUCAACUUUUUGGCUUUUGAGAGUCUGCAUACAAAAAAUCCUAAUAAAUCUCAACUGCGUUCAAACUACCGCAAAAAUGGCUAGAAAUAAGCAACUGAGUAAAGAAACAAAAGUACAGAUUUGUAAAUUGAAGAAAGAAGGAUACACUGAAAGGGAAAUUGCAAAACGCCUAAAGGUGUUUAACAAAGGAGUCCACUACACUCUGAAGAGACUAGAGGAACCUGGAAGUUAUGAUAAUAGAAAAAGACCUGGACGAAAAAGAGUUACUACAAAAGCAGAGGAUAAACAUGUCAUUGUCACCAGUAAGAGAGAUCAGCAAAAGACAGCACCACGAAUGAGGGAGGAAAUCAACAUGACAAGUGGGCAAAAGCUCACAAAAAUUGGACUUAUGAUGACUAGAAACAGGUUUUGCACUGUUUGGUUCAAAAUGCAGAGUCCAUGUCCGCAGACAAACUGGUGAACGUCUGAAAGCACCAUGGGUUACACCCACAAUUCAGCAUGGAAAUGGUAGUUCCAUGGUAUGGGGAUGUUUUGCAGGUGAUGGAGUAGGAGAUUUGUUUGAAGUAAAGGGUAUCAUGAAGAAGGAACAGUACCACUCCAUCCUCCAGCACCAUGCUGUUCCAUCUGGACUCAGACCUGUGGCUCAUAAGUUUGUUUUGCAGCAAGACAAUGACCCUAAGCACUCUGCUAAGCUCUGUCAGGGUUACCUAGACAAAAAAAGAAGAGGAAGUUGUUCUUCAAAAGAUGGUUUGGCCCUCAGUCUCCAGACCUUUCUCAAUUGAGCUUGUGUGGGAUGAAUCGGAUCGAUCAGCCAGAAAAACGCGUCCCACGAAUCAGCAGUCUCUUUUUAAUGAACUUAAGAAAGCUUGGAAUGCAAUCCCUGGAACAUACCUUAGAAAACUUGUGGAAUGAAUGCCUGGUAUAUGCCAAGCUGUUGUUAAAGCCAGAGGAGGUUACUUUAAAGAAAGCAAAGUCUAAGCAACAAUAACUCAAAUACCUAAUAAUUAUAGUCAAAAUGUGUUCUGAUAAGUAACUUUCUACACAAUAGUCAUGUUUAUUGUGCUGCAAAUUAUAUAUAUGAAACUAUGAUCUUUUUUUGUACAAAUGUGAUCUUGCUUCCAAACUUUUGGCCUGUAGUGUAGAUAUUUAGCAAUCAAAAACAGCUGAAAUGGCUUUUAUGGGCAAGGGGGACAUGGAAUUGCAUACUUUACACUUCUACAGGCCAUAAAUUGACUGAAAUGAAAUUACUGUACAAACACACAAAAAGUUUGAUUGAAUUUUUUACAAAUAAAAACAAAAAAAUAGGAGCAUCAUUAAAGCAAAAGCAACAUUAGAUAUUCAUCCUUUAUUAACACAUAAGACAAAUACAGGAGAACAAUUUCAGAAUAACUUAAUGAAAUUAAGGAAUUAAGUUAACGCAGUAUAACUGACUGUGAUUGAUGGCAGCAUGAAAAGUGUUUAAGACCUCAAAUGAAAAGCAAAAUUAGGCUUCUCUGUCAAACUAGAUUGAGAAACAGAUCAUUGAAUUUAAUUUCAAAUAACACUUUUAAUAGCAGCAGUCACACAACGUAACUGUUCUAAAAGCACAGUUACUUUUUUUGACAAAUGUAUCAUUAGCCUCUCGAUUUAUUGCCAUGUGAAGCUGCAAGCCUUCCUUUCUAAAUGGACAAUAACAAUGUAUGAGUGGAGAUCCUUGAGAUAACUGAUUAUUGACUGUUACUGCAGAGAGUUGAAUCAGUGUUUAUUCCCCGAAGGUUGUUUUCUUAUAAGGUUAAAGGUGUGGUGAAUUAAUAGGUGUAAACACAACAGAUAGGUGAAUACCUUUUCAUUGUGCAGGACAGUAUGAUUGUGUAGUAAUGUGAGUCAGUGUUGAACAGUCGCACGUACUGAGUGCAUCCGUUUUCCUUGACCUGAAGGCUUAUCACAGGUGACGCAAGAUGUACUGAUUCAAACUGAAUCUGUCUUUUUUACGCAGGUUGGCGAGCAUGGUUUUGAAUCUGUGUCUGCCACACUUCAACACUUCAGCUCAUUGCAACAAGGUGCGUGAAACUGUCAUGUAACUGUACCUUUUUACUUAACAUGUGCAAUGCUUUCCGGUCUGUUGUUAUAAAGGCAUAAAAAUUCUGCAAAACUUAUGUGUCACAAAACAAAGGCAUGCAUGAACUGCUUAUUAUAUCUCUACUCUGGAGAAAUGUUUAAUUUAAACCAUUUCACCUUAUACCACUUGUAAAAAGUUUAGGAGCAAGGUGAAUUACUUAAUGUGGACAUAAAAUAGCACAGGGUUAAGCUGGAGGACAGUCAUGUAAAAAGAAAAAGUACAGGUACAAAGUAGUGAGUGGGAGAUACUGAAUCACAGCUGGCCUUGUCGUGUUCUUUUUAUUGGCAUUUUGUAAUGUGAUCAUGAAUGUAUUUUUCCACACCAGGGGCAUAAAGGAUGCUUUCUUUACCCUUUAAGUGUACCUCAGCUUAUUCCUUACUGCGCUCUCUUUGUUGUCCUUGUUUUCCUGUAGCACGUGUAGUAUGUUUUGCCCAGUGUUGUGUAAACUUUCAAAUUUCAAAUUUCAGAUAAAAUCAAGAAUUUUUUAAUUUUUUGUAAAGUAGGAACAUCAUGCCAGAAAUUAACACAUUCAUAGUGAAAUAGUUUUGUCUACAAGAUUAACUGGAUGAGCAAAAUCCUCAUCUUUUAUUUUUUAAAUAUUAUUAACCUGCCAUCAGUAAUUAAUUAACUGAUGUCUUUUUAAUUAUUCUCUACCUGUGUGCUGUCUACAGUCCAUUGAAGGUCAAAAACUCCAUUAAAAAUGUCAAAGGGUUUCUACUGUCUUAAAAAUUGUAAUUUCAGUCUAUCAAGGUUGAAAAUGAGUCAUUUCCUAAUGAAAUCAAUUUUUAAAUACAGCUCUGUGCCGAUGGGUAUGACGUCACGAACCUUGUAUCAGCUGACCCUGCCCUGCGGAGGCGGGGCUUCAAGCUUGAGUACUUCCUCCGUCCACCUGUACAGGUAAGGUGACUGUUAUACUCAUAAACAGUUUAACCAGAAAGUAUUUACAGUGCUAUACUUUUUUCACAUUUUCUUGUGUUACAGCCUUUUUCCAAAAUGAAUUAAAUUCAUGUGUUACCUGAAAAUUCUACACACAAUACCUCAUGAUGGCAAAGUGAAAAAUGUUUGUUUUAAAACAAAAAUAUAUCAUGUACAUAAGAAUUCACAGCAUUUGCUCAGUACGUUGUGGAUGCACCUUUGUUAGCAAUUACAGCCUCAAGUCUUUUCGAGCAUGAUGCUACAGGCUUGGCAUACCUAAGUUCUCCCAGUCUUCUUUGCAGGACCUCUCAAGCUCCAUCAAGUAGGAUGGGGUGCGUUGGUGCACAGAUGUUUUCAGAUCUCUCAGAGAUGUUCAAUUGGGUUCAAGUCUGGGCUCUGGCUGGGCCACAUAAGGUUAUUCACAGAUUUGUCCUGAAGCGACUGCUUUGUUAUCUUGGCUGUGUGCUUAGGCUCUUUCCCUCGACCCUGACAAGUUGGUGGGGGGCUGCAGAAAUGGUUGUCCUUCUAAAAGGUUCUUCUUUCUCUACAAAGCACUGCAGAAGCACUGUCAAAUUGACCAUUGGAUUCUUGGUCACCUCCCUGACUAAGGCCCCUCUACUCCUAUCACUCAGACUGGCCAGGCAGCCACCUCUAGAAACAGAGUCCUGGUGGUUCCACACUUCUUCCAUGUAUGGAUGAUGGAGGCCACUGUGCUCAUUGAUUUUUCUUUACCCUUCCCCAUAUUUGUGCCUGAAUACAAUCCUGUCUCAGAGCUCUACAGACAAUUCCUUCGACUUCAUGACUUGGUUUGUGCUCUGACAUGCGCUGUCAACUAUUGUAGUAUAUAGACAGUGUUUCCAAAUCAUGUCCAAAUCAACUGAUUUAACUACUGGUGGACUCCAAUCAAGUUGUGGAAACAUCUGAAGCAUGAUGAGUGGAAACAGGACACACCUGAGCUUAAUGCUGAGUGUCACAACAAACGCGGUGAAUACUUAUGUACGUUAUAUUUUUCUUUUUUAAAAUCUUCCUUUUUUUUCCAGGUGACGUUGAAGUUUGGCUUCCAGGUGGAGCUGUGCAGGGUGGACAUAGAGCUGUGGCCCUGGGGUAUGGACAGAGGACAGGCUUGCAAGAAGCUGGAGAUCAGCACCUGCUCUAAUGAGCCAGUUUCCAAGAAUUUCAGCCAAAGUUACAAACAAGGUCAGCAAAAGGAACAAAAGCAGGUUAAGGACCAGAGCAAACAAAACACAGAAACACAGAAAGGGCUCGAUAGCAAAUAUGGUCAAAGUAACUGCCAUCAGUGGAGCCUUCAAGCCCAGCAGUGGGGAGAGCAGACUCCGAAUGAGCCUCAACAAAAAGGCCAUGUGUUAAAUCAUCAAUCAAACACUGACUCUGGCGAUCUUGUACUAGACUUCAAACUGGUAGGUCGAUGUGAACUUAGAGAAGAAACACACGUUUGUUUCACACGCUCAAAUUAUCGCCACCGGCCCCCAUUCCUCUCGCCACCUCCUCCACAACCUGCCAUCUGUCGCCAAGAGGAGCUAUGGAGUCGGGGUCAGUUCUCGUUGGGUGCUGUUACACAACUGCGUGUCACUCUACCAUACGGCGGUGCAGCAUCCGCUCUGGGACUCAAGGCUUUGACUGUGUGGGGACAACCUGCUCGCUGCUGCCCUGCUGAAGAAGUGGAGAGGGUUAAAAGAGUCCAUGAGGCUAAUUAUGAGCGGAUACCACGACCUGUGAUGUUUACCCCUCCUGUCCGCCAGACAAAACCCCCAUCACAAGCUGCCAAAACUCAUAGGUACAUAUUUAUGAAGAAGAAAUCUGUUCUUUCUCUUUUUUGUAGAUAUAAAUGACCUAUUAUACAUUUCUGACAAUUUCUUGUCUGUCUACAGUAAUCGUCCCAUCCCAGAAGAGUUCCUGGACCCGAUAACCCAGGAGGUGAUGAUGCUGCCCAUGCUGCUGCCCUGUGGUGUGUCAGUGGACAACAGCACACUGGAGGAGCAUCAGAAGAGAGAAGCUACAUGGGGCAGAGCCCCAAAUGACCCCUUCACUGGUGUUCCAUUCACCUCAACCUCUCAGCCACUUCCUAACCCCCAACUGAAGAGCCGAAUUGACCUCUUUCUUUUGCAGAAAGGGAUGAAGGGCAGGGAGGGGAUGUUGGGGAGACAAGGGGAAGGAGAGAAUCCCCAAGCUUCUAGACUUUUAGCCUCCAGGAUGGAAGGACAAUCUCAGGCUUUUUCAUGUUCUAAGGAAAAUUCAGUGAACUGUACUGGUAUUAACUGUAAUGAAGCAGAUAGGAACUCAAAGGGAAUCAGAACAAUAGAAAAGACUGGAUCAGGACAUCCACCAGAAGCUGGAAAUGACACAUGUAGCUCUGAGCCUUCGACCACAGAUAGAAGGACAGCUGAGGAGAAUCUACCCCCUCAAACAAAAAGACCAAGAAAGGAUUCAGUUUCAGGUGAAAACAAGAUCUUCUAAAAAAGUCAGAUACUGAAACUUAUCACUCCUUUGUUUAACCUGCUGACAUGUUUGUUUUUCUGGUAUUUGCCUCUGUUCCGUUUAGACUGCAGCUCUCAUGAGCAGCGGCUGUCAGCCAGCCUGGACGAGGCCCUCCUCUCUGCCCUGCAGGGGCGUCCUUCCUUCACCACAAACUUGUCCGGACAGAAACAGGUUACAUUUGACUCUGAAACUCAGAAAGCCUCGCUGCAAAGUCAGACUGAAGGCACUUCUAGCAUGCAAAGAGGUAAGAUUCUGCCAAGUCUACUCUGAAUCACUUAACAAAGUUCUCCUCUUCAUAUCAUUUAAAUGUCAAGAGAAGUUACCUUUUGCAGGUGUGGAAGGUGUCUUGAGAGGUUCUGAAUGAAUCCUUUGUAAAAGCUGGCAGUGAUAGCUUUCUGUGGCUUUAAAGUGGAAAAUCAUUUCCCCUAAAAUAACAAGCAAACUGAAUUCUGUCAUGAGGGAAGUGUUUGAGCACCAGGAAACACUUGAAGAUCCCUGAGGGUGUUUCAAGAGAUAAUGGGAGUAAACCAGAGAUAAGAUUUACAAAAUUUAGGAGAGAAUCUUUAUAAAAACACACAUUUAUAACUAUAAUUAAGGUUGUUUGGGGUUAAUUAAUUUUCUCUCUUGCUCCCUCCAGGUGAAAAGACUUGCUCUGCAUGUUCCUGUAGGAUCUCUGUUUACUCCAGAUCUUCAUUGUGCAUCUAUCGUCUAACAUGCGGUCACUUGCUUUGUGGCACUUGCCUGCGGAGGAAACCACAGCCUCUGAACUCUGUGACUGGAUCAACAUCCGAUCAUGUUCCGUGUCCCUCCUGCCUGAACCCCACACCACGCAGUGACAUCAUGCGAGUGCAUCACUGACAGAUGCUGUACAGAUAUGUCUCCAGAGCUUGGGACAAAAAGAGGACUCUCUCAAGGUGAAGACAGAAUUGUGCUCAAGGUUUCAUGGUAUUCUGACCUUGUUAGACUCUAUAUGUGGAUUAGAAAAAUCAGGCCAAAAGUUACAGGUCGUCAAUCAAUUUUAGCAUGGAAAUUAGCAUUAAUGAACGUAUUAUAUGCUUACAUAAACACAUGUUAAUAUAUCACAAUUAAAUCAAUCCCAUAUUGACUUAUUCACUCAUGUUCACACUAUUUCAAGUCUAGCAGUGAUUUAUUUUUGUUGGACCCUUGACACCAGUAACAAACUGUAUUAGAAAGCUCUCUGCGUGUACUGCCCACAAGUGUCGAAAGAACAUCCCUGAGAGCAAAGACCUUUCUAAAGAAAAAAAAAAAACAUGAAAGGACUCAAGAAUGUAAAAUAAAAGUCUUGUUCUCGUCUCUUCCACCCCCUCUCUUUGCCUUAUUCUUUUCACCGAGCAGUGGAGUGUAGUUGCAGCCUUGGAUAUGCAGCCUUUGUGUGGACUGUGGAUGGGUAGGGUGCUUAAAGAAAAGGCUGGGGCAUUGGAGUAUGGACGCUGAGAGGACACAGAAGCGCUUCAACGGAAAUUGAGCCGACUCAAGGUUGUUGGGUCAUCACGCAGAAACAGACUGGGUCAUACUACCUUUUCUUUCUUCACCAGAUUCACCACCUUCUAUUUAGUACAUUUGUGUAGGCUGUGUAGUGUUGAGUUUAAUUUUAUUCAGAGUAUACAUUAAGGAAUACUGACUGAUGUACUGCUUUUGUAAAUAGCACAAACUGGUGUGAAUUUUCCUUCUCAGUUUAGAUUAAAGCUUAUUUUUAUACCUUCA